AAUCGCCGUCCUGAAUAUAUUGAGCAAAUUAAAAAAGCUGAAGAAAUGACAAAUAAUAUUUUAGCAUCAAAUGCAAAAACAUCACUUGAUUACAAAUUACAUCCUGGAGCAAUUUAUACUAGUAGACUUCUUAAAACAUCAAAUCUUCCGAAACCAAUAAAUACAACAGAUUAUGAAAAUCAGCUUAGUAAAUUGAUAAAAGAUUCUGAACUUAUAAAUCUUGAAAUUUCUGAAG